AACCCGCUGAAGGCGAGCCCACCUCGUUGCGAAUCUUCUGUUUUGUCUUGUCAGCCACGUUGUCCUCCUUGUUGGCCACGCCCCCACAAUCAACUUUGUGGAAUGGCAGGCGCCCUCUGCGACCUCGCUGCCGAUAGCAGCUUUGACACACACGCACACAGACACAAGAGCACGCACGGGAGCAUCCUCGCUGCCGAUUGGCUGUCGUGGGACAAAACGAGUGACAAAGAGGCAGGUCGGCGUGAGAUGAGAACAGAUGACGGACGGCCCGACGGCCUCAGUCACUCUUGAUCACGUCGGUCGGCGCGCGUCUGAGCGCUCUCCAGAAUGCUUCUGGACCCUUUUGACAUCGUUGCAAUCGACCUGUCGGCCGACGGCUCUUUUUGAGAAAUUGAGUAAGGAAAUUGAGAAGCCAUUUUGCAAUGGCUUCCACAAACGCGCCGGCCGGAGCGGACGACGACAAAGCGAGGAAGGGGGAGUCGAACGGCGGCAGGAACUCGGUCCUGCAAGCGGGCGACGCAGCCACGGGGGCCAUGCCCAACUCGGGCAAAAGCGUUGCAGAGACCCCGCCCCCCACAAGAAGGCUGAGCUUCAGUGGGAUGUUCAGGUCGGCCUCCAGAGAAUCUAACCAGCAAACGUCCCCCAUUGCCAACAAACUCUUCUCACGCAACAAGAGGAGCAAAUCCAGAGCUUUCUCCGUUGCCUCUUUUUCCAUCCGCUCGGCUCCUCCCGGUUCCCGGCCGUGGUGCGGGCCAGCAUUCAGCUUGUCGUGCGCCCCCCCUCAGCCGCCCCCUCCUCCUCCUGCUCCUCUCCAGGGCCCCCGCGGCCCGGGGCAGGCGGGCGCCUUCCGCCUGGAGACGUACGCCAGCGAGCCCAGACGUCUGCGAUCCUUCUCGUCGCCUCCAGACGCGGCGCGGGCCUCGUCGCCGUCAGCCUCCGCGACACCUUUGGCCCCUCCUCUUCCCGUUGGCGGCCGGGACGGCGUUGCAUCGGUGCGAGCGGCCAACGGCGGUGCGCGCGGGGACCCACACAAAAGUUGAAAAUGUGACGCGUGUGUACGAUUGGUUUUUCCGCCGGAAAAAUCCCAAUGACCGCAGUUCAAAAGUUCACAACAGGAAGUCUGAGCGUCGUUUGAUUUUUGAAGCUUUAUUAUGAAGGCGGCAUGGCGACGGGCUGGCCGGCGCAUCCGCCUCGUUUUGCGCACAGCUCGCUCUCGUUGAACACCGCCUUGGCCCGUCACGUUGGUUUGAGGCGUUUAGGGGCGGAGCUCCUGCAGGAUUUUCUCCUCCAGCCGGCCGUAACGCUGCAGCAUCUCACAGUACACCUGACACACACGCGCCGCGCAUCGGGCUCCAUCAUUUCCGCUUGUCUUGUUGGGUUUUUAUUGACAGUGACGGGAGCCGGGCCUUUGCAAACUGGCCAAUUUCAAUUUUCAUCUUUUCCUCCUGGCCAGUAUAUAUAUAUGUGGCUGUGUGUGUGUGUGUGCACGUACCUGGGGCGCGUGAGGCUGCGGCGUGGCGGCGAGUUGCGCUUCGGGAGCUUUCUUCAAGAUGUCAAAGAAGGACACGCCCGAUUGCUGAAGCGCACCUGAGAGGACGUGGAGCCAGCAGUCAGCAAGAUUGCUCCUCCUCCGCCAUCGUCGUCGUGGGUGUCAAAAAGGGAGCAAGCGAGCACUCGUGACCAUGUUGAGCCUCAAGCCUUUUUUUUUCUUCCUUUUUCGAGUCCUUUGCGUCCUUCCUUGCUUAAUCCUGUCGGCUCAACUCAAGUGUAUUUCUCAGGCACUUUCAAACAGCCAUGGCCGCAUCCAAAGCGCUGUACACGCAGCAAUUGAACAUCGACAAUAAACGGUGAGAAAAACGGAAGAAAGCA